CCCUGUUCUGAUCUAGAUGUUACUCUGAAACACCCUGUUCUGAUCUAGAUGUUACUCUGAAACACCCUGUUCUGAUCUGGACGUUACUCUGAAACACCCUGUUCUGAUCUAUUGUGGACGUUACUCUGAAACACCCUGUUCUGAUCUAGAUGUUACUCUGAAACACCCUGUUCUGAUCUAGAUGUUACUCUGAAACACCCUGUUCUGAUCUAGAUGUUACUCUGAAACACCCUGUUCUGAUCUGAUCUGGACGUUACUCUGAAACACCCUGUUCUGAUCUAUUGUGGACGUUACUCUGAAACACCAUGUUCUGAUCUGGACGUUAUUCUGAAACACCCUGUUCUGAUCUGAUCUGGACGUUAAUCUGAAAUACCCUGUUCUGAUCUGGACGUUACUCUGAAACACCCUGUUCUGAUCUAUUGUGGACGUUACUCUGAAACACCAUGUUCUGAUCUGGACGUUAUUCUGAAACACCCUGUUCUGAUCUGAUCUGGACGUUAAUCUGAAAUACCCUGUUCUGAUCUGGACGUUACUCUGAAACACCCCGUUCUGUUCUGAUCUGGAUGUUAUUCUAAAACACCCUGUUCUGAUCUUUUCUGAAACACCCUGUUUUGAUCUGAUCUACUGUGGACGUUGCUCUGACACUGUCUGUGGUCUCCAUAAUGAAUGAUGUCUCUGCUCUCCCCUCCAACCACACAGACUGUCAGGUGGUGAAGGUCCCCCACCUGGUGUUCUUAGUGUUGGGUAUGGUGUCUCUCAGUGAGAACCUGUUGGUGGUGGUGGCCGUGGUGCGCAACAAGAACCUCCACUCCCCGAUGUACAUGUUUAUCUGUAGCCUUGCCACGUUCAACACCAUCUCCUCCCUCUCCAAGACCUGGGAAACCCUAAUGAUGGAGUUCAGCGAUGUCGGACAACUGGACUCCCGAGGGGACUCCGUCCGGAGGGUUGAUGACAUCAUAGACGCACUGCUCUGCAUGUCUUUUAUCGGCUGCAUCUGUAGCUUCCUGGCCAUCGCUGUGGACCGCUACGUCACCAUCUUCCACGCACUGCGCUACCACAACAUCAUGACCACGAGGCGAGCCGCCGCCGCCCUGGCGGGGAUCUGGGCACUAUGCGGCGUCGCCGGGGCGGUCAUGGUGGCGUUCUGUGAUGCCACGGUCAUCAAGAUCUUUUUCAUCGUGCUCUUCCUUAUCUCGCUGCUCCUCAUCCUCUUCCUCUACGUCCACAUGUUCCUGCUGGCUCGGUCCCACGCCAGGAAGAUUGCAGCGCUGCCCGGGAGUGCCAUGCCGCACCGCAGCCUCCGGGGGGCGCUCACGCUCACCAUGCUAUUCGGGGUGUUUGUGGUGUGCUGGGCGCCUUUCUUCCUCCACCUCCUCCUCCUCAUGGUGUGUGUAGAGAACCCCUACUGUGAGUGCUACCGCUCUCUGUUCCAGCUGAAUUUGGUUCUGCUGAUGAGUCACGCCGUGGUCGACCCGGCCAUCUACGCCUUCCGCAGCGCAGAGCUACGAAACACCUUCAGGAAGAUGCUGCUCUGCUCCGACUCACCACUCUGCUACAAGGUCAAAGCUCUGUUCCACUGAAGGGCUUUGUCUGCACCCUAUUCCCUAGAUAAUGCACAACUUUCCACCAGAGUUUUUGACCCCGUGGGGCUUGGUCAGAGGUAGGGCACUAUAUGGGGAAUAGGGCCUUGGUUAGAGGUAUGGCACUAUAUGGGGAAUAGGGCCUUGGUUAGAGGUAUGGCACUAUAUGGGGAAUAGGGCCU